AUGGGUGUUGAUAUGGUUAUCAAACCACCAUGGACGUUGCCGCAUGUGUUAAAAAUUUGGCGUGACGAUUCCAGAUGUAGCCGUGAACUCAACGUAACGUGCUACCACUGCAAGAAAGUGGGACAUAGUGUGAUGAUCUGCGCGCCUCCCGAAAAGAGCCAAGUAAUCGACAACCGGCUCGUUGUUCUAGGAUGUGUGACUACGUUAAGAGGACCAGUAUGCCCAAAUCCGUUUUCGUCUUUCUUAUCCUUGAGAAUUCGUGCUCUUGCACAAGCUUCCGACUCUUUACAUUACUUUCUCAUAAGUACCGGCUUCGCGCUCAAGCUUCCUCAGGAGUCCGAUGCUAUUGUAUUGUGGAAACUUCGUGCAAAACCGCAGCGAACAGAACGAACGACAGAUGUUGCUGAUCGCGAUUAUUCGAACCGCGUAGAUGAAGCCUCGUAUAGGACCAGCAUGGCUGAUGGCAUGAGUCACCGCUCGUGCUUUAACUGA